GAAACAGGAUUAGUUUUUUCUUAAAUGUAACAAAGGAUAGACAUUGUUUUAAAUUGUUAUGCGGGUUAUUCCAAAAUGCUACAGCUGCGAAUUGGGCCAUGUGUUUUCCAUAGUUACUGUAUACUUUUGGUAGCAAAAAGGUGUUAUUCAAAGCAAACCUGGUGUUAUGGAAAUUGUAAAGGCAUACCUUAUCAAAUACAUUAAUUGGAAUGAGGUUGUUUAUAGUCUUGAAUAUCGUGAUGAUUAGGUGAUAUUUAAGCAUAAGUGUUAACGGAAAAAUUUUAUAUUCCCGAAGGAGUGCAAGGGUGUUGGUGCGGAAAGUACUGAAGGUGAUUAACCGGACGGCUUGGUUCUGUAAAUGCUGCAAUGGAAGUAAAUGUGUGGGAUACGCAUUACCCCAGGAUGAUACACGGUGCGAUGGCGAAGCGAGCCAAGCAAGCCCAUUUCUCGGAUUCCGAGCAUUCUGAGAGCGAUGGGGGAUCAUCGUCGAACUCGAGCGAGGGGAAGCCAUUGUCAAAAGAAAGCAGCGUAGCAAAACUUGCCAUGAAAAAGCAACCGAAGAUGAUUGACACGAUCAUCGACGCAUUGGCCAAUUUUGAUGACCGGAAAGGUGCCACUCCCAUUUACAUCAAGAAAUUCAUACUUGGCAAGUACCCCGAAAUGGAUACUCAGCUUUUCAAGGCGAGAUUCAAAAGGACCUUCAUGAAGGCAAUCGAGAACCACGUACUGGUAAGGACAAAGGCAACGGAACACGCUGAAGGCAUGACCGGACGGGUCAAGCUGGCGACGAAGCCCCGCAAAAAAAUAACGUCUUCAGGUUCCUCGUCGGCAGAACUACCUUCAGCUCCAGGGCAGUCAUCGAACGCCGCAGGCAAGAAGGCUAAAGGGGGCGACGCCGACGCGAAGAAACUUACAACCGGCAAUGCGAAGGCCAAGAAGGGUGCUGCCGGCGAGGCGAAGGCCAAGAAGGGUGCUGCCGGCGAGGCGAAGGCCAAGAAGGGUGCUGCCGGCGAGGCGAAGGCCAAGAAGGGUGCUGCCGGCGAGGCGAAGGCCAAGAAGAGUGCUGCCGGCGAGGCGAAGGCCAAGAAGGGUGCUGCCGGCGAGGCGAAGGCCAAGAAGGGUGCUGCCGGCGAGGCAAAAGCCAAGAAGGGUGCUGCUGGCGAGGCAAAAGCCAAGAAGGGUGCUGCCGGCGAGGCAAAAGCCAAGAAGGGUGCUGCCGGCGAGGCGGGUGCUGCCGCCGAGGCGAAGGCCAAGAAGGGUGCUGCCGCCGAGGCGAAGGCCAAGAAGGGUGCUGCCGCCGAGGCGAAGGCCAAGAAGGGUGCUGCCGGCAAGGGAAAACCCUUGGACGCAAUCGAAGAAACCGUAGACGUGGAUGAUCGCUCCAGCGAAGGCGAGGAUGCGAACGAGCAUUCCAGCGAAGGCGAGGAGGCGAACGAGCAUUCCAGCGAAGGCGAGGAGGCGAACGAGCAUUCCAGCGAAGGCGAGGAGGCGAACGAGCAUUCCAGCGAAGGCGAGGAGGCGAACGAGCAUUCCAGCGAAGGCGAGGAGGCGAACGAGCAUUCCAGCGAAGGGGAGGAGGCGAUCGAGCACUUCAGCGAAGGGGAGCAGGCGAUCGAGCACUUCAGCGAAGGGGAGCAGGCGAUCGAGCACUUCAGCGAAGGGGAGGAGGCAGAGGAAAGUGCCACCGAAAACGAGGAGAAACGUGCCAGCGAAGGCGAGGAGGGGAAGCAUAGCGCCAGUGAAGGUGAAAUGGAGGAUCGCGCCAGCGAAAGCGAGGAGGAGUCGGCCGCCAUCACCUCCAAAAAGAGCAGAGAUGCCGAAACUAAUCCAGUCAGAGGUACCACUUCAAAGAUGACUUCGGGAGAGCAGCAACCUGCAAAGGUAGUCGGUCGCCGCAGAGCUGUGAACGCGGUCGAAAACUCAAACAUCGCGGGAAUUGAGUCUGAGACCGAACCAGCACGGCCCCGUCCAAGACCAGCUCGUCGAGGAAGGAAAUGAAAACUGAAAUAUUCAACCGCAUGCUCCACACCAUGUCAAGCUUUUAUUUGCAUGUUUUUAUCAUUGCGUAAUGACAAAUUUUAUGGAGUGGCGCGAAACGCUUGGUUCUGAAAUCGUUUGAAGCACAUCUAGCGGAAUGCACAUGUGGAUGGAAAAUAAAAGUUCAUUCACUACCUU